AUGCUCUUCCCACUGCUCAUCCUGGAGCUCAGCCUGGCAGGUGCCAUGGAGAUCCAGGUGCCGGAGGAGCCCGUGGUGGCCCUGUUUGGCCACGAUGCCACCCUGCGCUGCUCCUUCUCACCCGAGGCCAACUUCAGCGUGGCCGAGCUGAGCCUCAUCUGGCAGCUGACGGACACCAAGAGCCUGGUGCACGGCUUCUCCGGGGGCCACGACCAGCUGCAGGACCAGGGCCACGGCUACACCAACCGCACCUCGCUGUUCUACGACCAGCUGGCCCGGGGCAACGUGUCCCUGCUGCUGCGGCGCGUGGAGAUCUCGGACGAGGGCAGCUUCACCUGCUUCGUGCGGGUACGCGACUACAACAGCGCCGCCGUCAUGCUGCAGGUGGCAGCUCCCUACUCCAAGCCCAGCGUGCACCUGGAGCCCAGCAAGGACCUGAAGCCAGGUGACAUGGCUGUGGUGACUUGCCACGCGUCUCGUGGCUACCCCCAGGCCAGCGUGCUGUGGCAGGACAGCCGAGGUGCCAACCUGACCUCCAACGUCACCACGUCGCAGGUGGCCAACGAGGAGGGGCUCUUCGAGGUGCGCAGCGUCCUGCGCGUGCUGGUGGAGCCCAGCAUCACCUACUCGUGCCUGGUGCUCAACGCCGUGCUGCAGCAGCACGGCCACGCCUCUGUCACCAUCACGGGCCAGCCCCUGGCAUUCCCGGCGGUGGCCCUGUGGGUGACAGUGGCCCUGGCCGUGUGCGUGGUGGUGCUGCUCGGCGUCCUGGCCUUCGUGUGCCACCAGAAAAUCCGGGAGAGCUGCCGGGAGGAUGAGGAGCACACAGGGCCAGAGGAGCGGGAUGAGGAGGGGGAGGAGCCCAAGACAGCUCUGCAGCUGCUGGAAAACGUGGAGACCAGAGAAGGUCGGGAGCAGGAGAUCGAUUGA